CAGCGGUCCUUUGCAAUAUUCAUUUUAUCAGUACAGGAACGUGCCAUAUAAACAGGCAUCAGCAUGGAUAAGCACUGCCUGGGAAUGGCUGUGUUAAGGCUCACAUGCUGGCUGGCAGGUCGCUGUCUGACAUCUGUCCAUGCUGAGGUACAGCAGGUGAAAGGCAUUGUGGGAGGAGCUUUCACUUUUCCUGCCCCAGUUCUUUCUACUGGCGCCCUGUUGUAUGGGAAUAUCGGCACUGUGGCCAUGGUGCUGCCAGGGAGCAGUAACACAGACCUGAAUGAGAAAUUCAGAGGCAGACUGUGGUGGGACAGUAAGACGGGACUCUUCACCAUCACCGAUCUGCAGAUCCAGGACUCUGCCUGCUUUCUCAGCAGGUCUGUAGAUAAUCUGCUCUCCUGUUUACCCACAGAUCCAGUGAACAGGCCGCACAUAACAUCCUUACAAGCAUCCAGUCCCUUAUCAGUCCGACCUUCUGCCAAUGUGAGCUGCUGGGUUCUGUGCUCUGUGGAGAACGGGAGAGACGUCACCCUGUCCAGGUACAGAGGGACCGAGAGACUGAACCAAACCAGCAGCCCCGACCUCAACACCAGCCUGUCACUCCCUCUGGAGAUAGAACACAGAUACACCUAUUACUGUGAAGCAAAGAACCCAGUCAGCUCACAGAACCUCACACUGGAGAUACCAGCAAUCUGCAACAAAACCUCGGGUCUGUAUGGAACAUUUGUCCAGUUUGUCAUGAAGAUGUAUUUCAUUCCAUCAGUGCAGACAUUGUGUCUUUAGAUUAGGAAUAAAUUACGGUUUUAUGGAUGUUAAUGCAAUGA